AUGGUCCGGCCCGGCCCGGCAGCCGGCACCCACGGGGCGCCCUCCCCGCCUGCCUCCCCGCGCCCCGGCCGCGCCCGGCCCAGUCGCCCCUGCGCUCCGGGCCGCCUCCCGCUCGCUCUCCGAGCCGGGCCGAGCCCGGGCCGACCGCCCGACGCCUUCUACGGGCCCCCGGAGCUCGCCGCCGCUGCCGCCGCCGCCACUGCCUCCCGGAACAACCCCGAGGCGGGCGGCCGACGCCCGGAGGGCGGGCUGGAAGCCGAGGAGCUGCUGCCGGCCCGGGAGAUGGCAGAAGCCCCGCCGCCCCCGCCUCCGCACUUCUCAGAGACUUUCCCGAGUCUGCCGGCGGAGGGCAAGGUGUACAGCUCAGACGAGGAGAAACUGGAAGCCCCUGCAGGAGACCCGGCAGGCAGUGAGCAGGAGGAAGAGGGCUCCGGCGGUGACAGCGAGGACGACGCUUUCCUGGACAGUGCUGCAGGGGGCCCUGGGGCUCUUCUGGGACCUAAGCCGAAGCUGAAGGGGAGCCUGGCGACUGGAGCUGAGGAGGGGGCGCCGGUGGCGGCUGGGGUCACCGCUCCCGGGGGGAAGAGCCGGCGGCGCCGCACGGCGUUCACCAGCGAGCAGCUAUUGGAGUUGGAGAAGGAAUUCCAUUGCAAGAAGUACCUGAGCCUGACGGAGCGCUCCCAGAUCGCCCACGCCCUGAAGCUCAGUGAGGUGCAGGUCAAGAUCUGGUUCCAGAACCGCCGGGCCAAGUGGAAGCGCAUCAAAGCCGGCAACGUGAGCAGCCGCUCCGGGGAGCCCGUGCGCAACCCCAAGAUCGUUGUGCCAAUUCCCGUGCAUGUCAACAGGUUUGCCGUGCGGAGCCAGCACCAACAAAUGGAGCAGGGCGCCCGGCCCUGAGCGGCCCCACAAGGACUUCGGAAGGCAGAGGAUCCGCCCCGAGCCUGUGCAGCCUGAGCCAGGUUCUGUGGGCCUGAGGGGGCUCCUGGGCUGCGAUGCUGGUCUGGGAGCGGGGCCCACUGGGCAAGGCCCCCAGCCCCAGGGGUGCUCCCCCAGAACCUGUUCCAGGGACCUAGAGGACCAGGGGCUGCAGUCAGAGGGACUGAUGUGGACUCCUGGGGAGCAGCUCUGACUGGGAAGAGGAAUCCAGUGUGAAACCUGGCCAAGCGGACCACACUCUUAUUUAUUUUGUGUAAAGUUUGUAUAUACGGAGCGAUGUCUCUGUCUGCAGCCAAGAGAGGGCCUGGGAAAGUUGUUUCUUUGAUCCUCAGCCAAUCUGUUGCAAUGCUACUUUGGGGCAGGCACACUCUUUAGUGAAAUGCAGCUCUCUGUCCCGCCCCCAGACAUUCCUGCACACACACACACACACACACACACACACACACACAUACCCGCCAUGUAAGCUACCUCCACUCCUGUGCCCAUCCACUACCCACCCCUUCAGCUCCUGCUCUGAUCCUGCCACUUCGUCCCCUCUCCCCAUCACACAGGUGGAAUUCUUCAUUUCUGUGCCCUCCUCUCCCGAGGACUUGGCAGGCUUCGGGAUGCAGAUUCGCUGCCUUCGUGUUCCGAAAGGAAACGGAAUCCUUGACCCUGGCCUAGCUGGGGUGCGUCCAGGUCAUCGGGUAGGGUCCCGCCAGUCGGUAUCCCCUGGGGCUCAUUAAUAAGUGGUCUCCUCUGGGAAGGACAUUGAUACUCCAGAUGCAAGGGCCUGGGGGAAAGGGCUCAAUUUCAGCUUUCUGUUGCUACAGCUCAUGCUGUAUCUGAAGCAGGGGAUGCCACCGUCUCUUCUGAGACAGGAGAGGAGCCACUGCAGAGUGCAUGGCACAGAAGCAAACCUGUGACGGAUCUGGAAGGGUGGGGACUGGAGGGAGGCCAUGGAGAUGGAGUUCGAGGCUUUGGGAUUGGGAUUCUGUGAGCAAACACAAGGAGCGGGGUGCACAGCCCAGCGGGGUACACAGAAACCAGCUGAGGUUGGCAUCGGGGUGACCUGCGGUGAUGUGAGUGGACAGCGAGCCAAGGCAGAGAACAGUCAGGGAGAGGAGGAACAGGCAGGCUGCAAGCCAGCCCAGGAAACUCAGGAAGUCACGGUGUGAAGGUCAGGGAGGGGAGGGAUGCACGCCCGAGUCGGACCCGGCCCACUGCCCCCCUGUCCUCAGAGGGCCAAUGCUGGCUGUUCCCAACCCUGGGCCGGCCGGCUCGUCGAUGCUGCUCACUCCAGCAGGUGCUGAACCCCUCACAAGGCUGAGCGGCCUCUCCCUGGGGUGGAGGGGGAGCGAGCACCGGACGGAAAGGCCGCACACGUGGGGCACUCACUGCACUCUCCUGCCUUUACCUAAGCUGACUGCCCCCGGGGAGUCUGGAGGCGACUGUUGCUAACAUUUUCUGAACCCAGGAACCCAGUCCUUCACGUGCCCCUGACCCCUCUAUUCUGCCCUUAUCUAUGUGGAAGGCUCUUAUCCGUCUUGCAGAAGGGGCUGUGGACUGAGAAAUAAAGUCUGGUUUCCUCUCUGGA